AUGCCGCCCACUGUGCCCCAGCGAGGCGGACCGAGCCGCGGAAAGCAGCGCCCAGGCGCCGUCUCCGGAAAGACUGUGCUUGGAGGCAAGCGCCACAGGAAGAUCAGGAAGGAUACGAUCCGAGGAAUCACCAAGCCAGAUAUCCGACGUCUUGCCAGGAGAGGUGGGGUAAAGCGAAUCUCGGCGACGAUCUACGACGAUGUCAGGCAGGCGCUCGCGGCGCGGCUGCGAGAGAUUCUCGGGCGCUGUGUCAUAUACACCGAGCACCGCCAAGCAAAGACCAUCACUGUGAACGAUGUCAUCUUUUCGCUGAGGAGUAUUGGCCGGCCUAUCUACGGUUUCGAUCCCGAUACGUAUAAACACAACCCGAAGAAGCAGACCGAAUCCAGUCAGUAG